UUUUCUUGUAUAUAAGGAGGGUCUAAAAAGAUACCGCCAAGAUGUCUGAAAAAAAAGAUGACUUCAAGCCGAAGGCAUGCUCUCAAGAUGGUAUCAGGGUAGCUCAGCACUGAGGGAGAAAUAAAGCACUGGAGGCCUCUUCUCUUGAUGCUGAGCAUAGCUGAGGCCCUGCUGCAGAAGGAAGCGUCCCAGUCUGUGGCUGACGAGGCUGCCUACAUGUCUGAGCACUGCUCAGAUCUGCCUUUUCCGCACUCCGUCCAGGAGCUGCAGGAACUGUGCAAAAAGCUGCGUCAUGACAUCGACAAGAUUGAUGAGGAAAGAUGCGACUUGGAGGCCAAAGUGAAGAAGGGAGAAAAAGAGAUUGAGGACCUGAAGAUUAAGGUGAUUGACCUGAAGGGCAAGUUCAAGAAGCCAGCUUUACGUAAAAUGCGCAUGUCUGCUGAUCAGAUGCUUCAGGCUCUGCUGGGCUCCAAGCACAAGGUGUCUCUGGAUCUGAGGGCCAACCUGAAACAAGUGAAGAAGGAGGUCAAAGAGGAGCCAGAAGUGGGCAAUUGGCCGAAGACCAUUGAGGAUAAGGCCAGCAUGUAUGGGAGGAAGAAGAUGUUUGAGGGUGGCGAGGCCUAAUUUUCAGACAUUUCUUUAUUUGUUUACUCUAAAUCCUCUCCAGGGCU